AUGAACUCUUAUCUAUGACGUUCUUUCGGUAUGUGAAUGCGUAAAAAUAUAAUAACAAAUACCUGCAGUAAAAAUAACAAAGAAACAUGAAAAACCGGAGGCUACUUCAAUACUGGGUAGUUAAACAAUAAUGCACCCUCGGUUAUAAGGGUAUUUAAGAACCCUCUCUUGAUCAGCCACAGACUCAGUGACUUCCCAAACAAUCAACAUGAAGGACCACUGUAGAACUACGUUUUUUAUAUUAAUGAUUUCAACCUCAGUUUUGGUGAAUUUGACGACAGCAUUCAAAAUACCAGGAUUAUCUGGAAGUUCGAGACCUCAAGUAGCUCAAAAAGUGGGGACACACAAUCAAAUAGCCAACUACAAGGGCCCCGUGUUUAUUAUCAAAGAACAGGAUAAAGAAAAAGGAGAGUACGAUGCAUUUAUUACCAACGGUGGAAUCCAAGAAGUAAGAGGAUCAAUAGGACAACAGCCAAUACAACAGCCAAUAGCUGUAAAUAACGGUCAGCCUUCCGUGAAGGAGGAGGAAGACACCGAAUACUUUGCUGUGCUCGUUACACCAGACACUGUUGCCCAAUUGCAGUUCCCUAAAACUACUGAAAUUAAAAUACCUAUUUCGGUGCUUUUGGUAGCCGUUUCUUCAAAGCUACCGUGGCUUUUAGUUUUACGUCGCAAAAACUACCCUCAGUUCUUUGAAUAUCAAUUGACAACACCUAACCCCAACAUUGGACUACUCGGUUAUCUACCGCAACAAGUACCGCCAAUGCGUAGGCGAUACUAUGACAGACAGAGACGAGGUUUGUUCUCUGCUGAUCCAAUUCGUCCCAAUGAAGACGAAGACGCAAUGGAAAUGAUAAGAUUGAUGCCUCUUAUAUUUGAAGGUGAAAUGUUGUCAACCAUCUGCUACAAUUUUAUACAAGAUUACGUAACAACAGGUAAAAUGCCAAAAGUACCGAUAACUGCCAAGCCGGCCGAUAUGAACGAGCAGAGAUCGGCUGGAACUUACAAUGUUGUAACUGAAUCAGCACCAACGCAAAUGUUGUCAUCAGAUUUAUUGCCCGUACCAAUGUCUAUUCCAAAAAGAGUAGCAUAAUAAUUUGUAAGCGCCAAUUUUAUUUGUCCGAAUUUUAUAUUUAAACCGAUGUAAAUUAGCAGCAAAUGAUAAUUAGUUAUUUAGAUUCACAUAUUCAUCAUUAUAUCUUCUUAAUAUUUAUAUUUAUAUUUUUAAAAACAAAAAUAUUAAUUUUAUUUACAUUAUUUCAUAGUUAAUAAUAAUUACAAACGAUUGUUUAAGAUUCAAUAACUUACGUGACUUUAUUUAUGCCAAUGUAUUUUUUUAUUAACUUAUACUCAUACAUUUGUACAUUUUAUUGAUAAAAAUUAUAGUAGUACCAUGGUACUGUAAAUGUUUAAUAUUUUUAAUACUAUAUUAAAUAAAUGAGAAUGAUGAUUGAAUAUUAAACCAAAUACUUGCACAAAAAGUAUUUAAAGAAAUAGCAUGAAAGAAAAAAAUAGGCUUAUAGCAAAAAAGAUGCUUGAAAUAAUUAAAUAUAUUUUAAAUAUUGAUUUUUAAUUUUGUUUUUAAAUUGUUCAAUAAAAUACAUAUUUCUAUAUUGUUCACAAGAUACAAUUACCCAAUAUUUAUUAGUUAAUAAUUAUUAUUAUGUCAUUAUAUUUAAGAACUUAAUACAC